AUGUAUAACUUUAAAUCUCAAUCGUCUUACUGUACGCGCUGCCACUCAGCUCAACAAACUUUAAAACCCUUCGUAUUGUAUUUUAAUAACUUUAAAACUUCAUUUUCUAAACCAGAUGAUAAUCCUAAUACUAAAAGCAAUAAGUUAUGUAAUAAGGCCCUUAAUUCCAAUCUAAAAAUAUUCUAUCAAAAUGUACGUGGCCUAAAAACCAAAUUAGUCAAUCUCAGAUGUUCCUUCCCAAUGUUUAACUUUUAUGACGUCAUUAUCCUCACUGAAACUUGGCUAACACCUGACAUAAGUGAUAGUGAAUUAGGUUUUCAUGGCUUUCAGGUGAUUAGACUCGAUAGAAAUCCAAACAACAGUUCUUUUCUCCGAGGAGGUGGAGUAUUAAUUGCCAUCAAUAAUUCCAUUAAAUACCAUCCUAUUACAUUAAGUACCUCGAAUGUUGAGCAAAUAUUUGCCUUACUGUCCUUCAACUCUAAUUAUUUAUUGGUAGGUGGUGUUUAUUUACCUCCACACUCUCCUCUUCCUGUAGUUGAAUCCCACGUUGCUUCUGUUGAGCAAAUCAUAUCCUCCUAUAAAUCUGUAUCAGUUAUCCUUUGUGGUGACUACAAUCUACCUAAUGUUACAUGGUCAUCUGAUGAACUAGGAUUAAUUGCCACAAGUGAUCACAAUAUGGUUACCACAUCUAUUAUAGACUCUUUUUCUUACUUAAAUUUCUUUCAACAUAACUUCCUUCCUAAUAGUCAUGGCAGCAUUCUAGAUCUUAUUUUUUCAAACUCCAAUGAAGUCACUAGCAGUACAGCAACUGAAUCACUUGUUAUUCCUGACCCUUAUCACCCGCCUCUUCACAUAAUCUUUCCUUUCCAAUCUGAUAAUGUGGCAGAUAACACCCAUACCUAUAAAGACUUCAAAGAUGCAAACUACUCUGGUAUAUCGCAAUUUUUUAACUCAUUUAACUGGGAGUCUACCUUUUCACAAUAUUCAAUCGACGGUGCUGCCUCUAUUUUUAAUGAAGCCCUGCUUCAUUCCAUUGAGUUGUUUGUUCCUACAAAAAUUUACAAGUUACCAAAAUUUCCUCUCUGGACCUCUCCCACACUUAAAAAUCUUAUUUUAAAGAAAAAGCGUGCCCAUGCAGUUUUUAAGCGGACUAAGUUGCCAUGCGACUACUUAGCUUUUUCUGAGCUGCGUGCGAAAUGUAAACACACUUCUAAGAUAGACUAUCAGUCAUAUAUAAGACAUACAGAAUACUCGCUCACUCACAACCCCUCUUCCUUUUGGAAGUAUACUAAAAAUCUCAGUAAGCACAACACACUACCCUCCACCUUACGUUGGGAUACCACUACGGCUGAUAAUCCUCGUGAUUCUGCCAAUUUGUUAUCUAAGUACUUCUAUUCCAUGUAUAAUCCCUCUAUUUCUCCACCUUUUAAUCCCCUUACAAAUAAUAGAUAUCCGUACGAACUUCCUUCUAAUUGCCUCAUUACUCUUGAUGAUGUGCAACUUGCACUUAACUCCCUAAAAAAUAACAAUUCCAAUGGUCCUGAUGGUGUUUCUGCACGUUUACUUUUUAACUGUCAAGACUCCAUUGUUUACCCUUUAUUUCUGCUCUUUAGACAAUCACUCGAUGAAGGUAUUUUUCCUGCUGUGUGGAAGACCAGCUCUGUUACCCCUGUUUUUAAAUCUGGUGAUCCCUCACUUGUUUCUAAUUACAGGCCUAUUUCUAUUCUUCCCCACAUUUCAAAACUACUUGAGUCCAUUGUAUACACUAAUAUCAAAAGAAGUCUUAACCAUAUAUUAGUGGCUGACCAGCAUGGUUUCCGUCCUGGGAAAUCUACUACCACCUGUACCCUAGCUCUAACGUCGUAUAUUCUGGAGAGCUUUGAGUCCGAUUGCCAAGUUGAUGCCGUGUUCACUGACUUUAGUAAAGCUUUUGACUCGGUUAUCCAUAGCCAUCUUAUCUCUGAACUAGAAUCACUCGGUAUUGGGAACCCUUUACUAUCAUGGCUCCAAUCUUAUCUCAGUCCAAGAAUGCAAUUUGUGAAAAUCCAUGGUGCUACCUCUGACUUGUCUAUAACUCCUUCUGGAGUCCCUCAAGGAGGACAUCUUAGUCCUCUACUGUUCAUAAUUUUUAUUAACUCAAUUAACAAUUACCUUUCAUUCUCCAAAGUCCUUCUAUUUGCGGAUGACAUUAAAAUUUAUUCUAAAGUUGCUUCUAUCUCCGACUGCCGUCAACUUCAGUCAGAUCUCGACUCCUUCUGUGUCUGGACUCAGCGUAUAGGCCUUACGCUCAAUCUCAACAAGUGCCAUAGUAUGACAUUCCACAGAAAGCGAAUACAUAUUAUCUUCCCUUAUUCCCUCAAUGGCUCCCCACUCGAACGUGUUUCUUCUGUCAAAGACCUUGGUAUCUACCUAACUCCAUCUCUUUCUUUCGAACAGCAUAUUAAUAUAACAGUUGGUAGAGCCUUAAAAGUCCUAGGUUUCAUAAAGCGCAACACUAGCCUUUUCACGUCCUCCACUUGUCUUCGUUCCCUCUAUUUCUCUCUUGUCCGCUCUAUUUUGGAAUAUGGAAUUGUUGUAUGGCAUCCAUAUUUGGCUAAAGACCAAUUACGCUUAGAGCGAGUUCAAAAUCGAUUCCUCUCAUACGCUGCUUUUCUGCUCAAGAUUGUUCACCCACCCCAUGACUAUUCAUCCAUUAGAUCUUCCUUGAAUAUCCCUCUUCUUUCUUCUCGCCGUGUAGAGGCUGACCUUUCCUUUGUCACCUCUCUUCUUAAUGGCACUGUUGAUGCCCCUGACCUUCUUUCCUCUAUCUCUUUCCGCGUUCCUGUACAUUACACUAGACAUCACUCACUUUUCCUUGUCCCUUCUCACCGUUUCAACUACUCUCAUAACCAUCCUUUACACAGAAUGCUUCGUCUGCUCAAUAACUAA